AUGGCAGACUAUACUAGCCGAUUUGAGGAGCUCUAUAGGUUCUCUAGGGUGUGUCAGGGUUCCCCGGAGACCAACCAAAGUUGGAAGUGCAUUAAGUAUCAAAGGGGCUUGAAGGAUAACAUCAUGACUGUUGUGGCUCCUUUGGAGAUUCGGAUCUUCUCCGAUCUUGUGAACAAGGCGAGGGUUAUUGAAGAAUGUGCAAAGAUAGUAGCCUCGUCAAGGGACACUUAUGGAGGAAACACUAGUCGGGGACGUGGCAAUUACUUUCAGCCGAGGGGGCAGAAUUUCAAGAGAUUAGGACAUGCGCCUCAAGGUCAAGGAGGCUUCAGAAAGAAUACUUAUGAUCAGUACCAGCGUGGCAAAGGGAGAGGGAAUCAGAGUAAGGUUUCUCCGGAUUUAACUUGUGAUCAUUGUGGACGUUUUCAUCCAUAUGACUCUUGCAAGAUUGGUAUAGGUGGUUGCUUCAACUGUGGUUUGCCUAGUCACAUUGCGAGAGACUGCACUCGUGGGAAGAAUCCGAAUGUGGGUCAGAGUCAACACCAAGGGCGAGUAUUUGUUGUGAACGCCAAGGAUGCUACUAAGGCAGAUCCUCUGAUUAGAGGUAACUGUUUAAUUGGUGAUAAAAUCUUGGUUGCAUUGUAUGAUACUGGAGCUUCGCAUUCGUUUAUUUCGUUUGCUAAAGUUGAGGAAUUAGGCUUGAAAGUGUUAGAAUUAGCAUUUGAAUUGCAUGUACAUACUCCGCAUCAGAUAAUUGUGACUAGGUCAAGUUGUAGACAAGUAGGUUUCAAGCUUGAGGGUAGAAAUUUUGUGCAUGACUUUAUUUGUUUACCAAUGGUUGGGUUGGAGAUGAUUUUGGGGUUUGAUUGGUUGUCAAACAAUUGGGUGUUGUUGGAUUGUUGUGAGUGGUCAAUUCAGUUUAUGCUAGAAGGAGAAAAUGGAGCAGUGAUAGCUGAGGGUUACUACCUGAACUCUGUAAUGGUACACUGUAGUGGGGAAGAGUGUCAGGAUUAUAUACUGUUGGUUGCAAAUGCGUUAGGUGACAAUCAGAAGAUAGAUCAAAUCCCGAUAGUUAGAGACUUUCUGGAGGUGUUUUCGGAAGAUAUUCCUAAGUUCCCACCUCAAAGGGAGAUUGAAUUUGCAAUUGAAUUGGUGCCGGGAGCUGGACCAAUGUUGAUUGCGCCGUAUAGGAUGGCUCCGAUAGAACUGGCAUAA